AAGCCGAGGAUCCUGGGAAGUGAAAAACUCCCUCUGCGCUCACUUGUCCUGUGACAUGGCAGGUCAAACCGUCCGGAUCAUCAUCAGUGAGGCGCUCGAGGACCUGAGUCCGGAAAACCUCACCAAAUUCCGGAUGGUGCUGUGGGAGAGGAAGAGCGAUGGACUGCGUGUCACACGAACCCAGGUGGAGGGGAAGACCUGCCUGGAGCUGGCAGACUUCCUGGUGGAGACGUUCACCCGGGACAAGGCCGUGCAGGUGACGGUGGAGCUGCUCAGAGCCAUCAGGUGUAACGAGGUAGCGGCGGAGCUGGAUAAAAAGGCAAAACCCCCAAAGAAAAAACUACAACCUGCACAAAAAAGGCAGUCUCCAUCAGCUUCUGCCUCUGGAGCACCUGCUGCACCUCAGAAGAAAAGAAGAAAUGCAUCUCAUUUGAAUGAAACCCCCAGUGGGAGUGAGCCCGGCCCAUCUACUGCCCAGGCCAAUGGCUCAGUGAACUCUCCCCAAAAAGAGAAGGGAAAAAGGCCCAGACCAGGGCAGCAGGAGCUGUCUCAACAACUGCUGCUGUUUGGUCAAUACAAAGGCAAUAGCAUUGACUGGCUUCUGCAGAACCACGUGGACUACGCUGGAUAUGUGGUGGCCACUCACCGGAAAGAGAGAGAGGAGGGAAAUAUGAGUCAGAGUAAAUUAAUGAAGAACAAGGACGCUCUGUCAGAGUACGUGAGCCUUUUCCCAGAGGCGGAGAAGGAGGUUCUCUUUUAUCACCAAGGACAAACUCCUCUUGGAUUCGGGAAAUAUGAAAAACUCACUCAUUAUGAACUGUAUGAGUCCAAAAAAGAUGCCCAUAAGAAAUAUGUCAAUUGGCUCCAUUCACAGAAGAAUAAUAAGGACCCAAAGAUCGUGGACUCUGCAAAAUACAUUUUACACCGUGAAUGCAGGAAAAGUCAACCUGGCAUCAGCACUGAACUUCCUGUGAAGAAACAGAAGCAAUGAUUCAAAACGUUUUUAGGUCUUCAAACUUAAACAACUGCAUGUAAAUUGAGCUUUUUCAAAAUUUUGACAUAAAAAUAUUGUAAACUAAAACACA